ACGGCCCGGCCAGUUCCGCCAUGGCCGCGGCGGAAGGGGUGGGUCUUGCUCGGGGCCGAGCCCGGCGGCCUCGCCAUGGUGAACCUGGGCGUGCGGCGGGUGGAGGAUGAAGUGGCCGCCAAGCACCCGGCGCUGCAGCAGUACGCGGCCUGCCAGUCUCACGCCUUCAUGAAGGGCAUCGGCACCUUCCUGGCAGGCAGCGGGGCCGCCUUCGUGGUGCAGAAGAUGGCGCGGCAGAAGCUGCCGUACAGCCCGCAGUGGAGCCUGCUGUUGGCUGCGGGGCUCAGGAGGGUUCGCGGCAGCAGGUGCUGUCCCCACCGUGGUGCUCCUGGCACUCCCAGGAGCACCUCGGCCGCCCUAGCUGCAGGGUCCCUCGGAAGCUACGUGGUAACCAGAGCUGAGACGCAGAAAUGCUCCAACUUCUGGAUUUAUCUGGAGACGGGCAAGUCCCUACAAGAGCUUGCUGUGACUGGUGGGGUAUCUCAGCCUGCAGGUUCUGCAGCUGGAGGUCCCACAGGGGAUGAGCUCCAGUGCUGUCCCCACCUUGACCCUGGCAGUGCCCAUUACUGUGGAGCAGGACUUCUCUGCAGGACUGCUGUGUUCAAUCUGAGAAACUUGAGCUUCUGGGCUGAUUAUGGCAUGCCACCAGCUUGAAUGUGAGAAAAUCAUGUGUUGUGAAGAUCUUAAAAAGCCCUGGGAAGCCUCAUUCAUUUCCUCCUCCUCUACGUGUUACCAACCAAUGUGACUGAUGUGCAGCUGGAUGCUCCCAAGGAUGUAUAGGGAUCUCUCCUGCUGCAGAGGGACACCUGCAGCCCCAGGGCUGCACAUACCCAUUCCUGUCCCAAAACAGACACAUGGGUGUCUUAAGGCCACUUCAGGCAGGUCCUCUGAAACAUGAUGAAUGUUGCUUCAGCACAAAGCAAGUCUGGGACAGCUCCACAGCCCCCAUGGCACAGCAUCACCCUCAGUGCUGGGCAGGGCUCCAGUCCAUUCUGGAGUCCAGCUCCCUCCUUCACUAACACUGGCCCAGAGGAAGCCAUGGAGAUGCUCUGAGGGUUGGAGCCCUUCUGCUCUGGAGCUAGACUGGGACAGCUGAGGGUUUUCACCUGGAGAAGGCUCCAUGGAGACCUCAGAGCCCCUUGCAGUGCCUAAAGGGACUCUGGGAGAGAGGGAGAGGGACUGGGGACAAGGGCCUGGAAGUGACAA